GACUCAGGUCAAGUCUGAGGCCAGAAACAUCAACAGUGAGGACAAUCCCAGCCUGCCUCUCUCCUUCCACACGGAGUCCAAACCUACAGUCACUGGGUCCUGAUUGUGACAGUGGAGCCCAGUUUGCACUGCAGGAUCCAGAGAUGGCAUCAGUGAAGCUGGAAGACUGCAGUCAAACACUGGAGCUGAAUGUCAACAUUAAAGAUGAAGAAGAGGAGGAGAAGAUUGGGACAUCUGUUAAUCGUGGAGACCAUGUUGAGACAUUCUCUACAUCCAGAGAGCAACAGCAGGAAGAUCACAGACCUAAGAGGUCUCACCACCUCCCACAUUGUGAGAUUUUCCCAUUUCUAUCAAAGCUAAAAAUACACAUAAAAAUAAACACAGGAGAGAAUCCGUAUUCCUGUACUGACUGUGGGAAGAGAUUCGCAACAUCACAAGCUCUGACAAUUCAUCAGAAAGUGCACACUGGAGAGGAGGCUUACUCCUGCUCUGACUGUGGGAAAAGUUUCUCCAGAUUGGAUAAGUUAAAAAGUCACCAACUAAUACACAGAGAGAAGCCAUUCUCUUGCUCUGACUGUGGCAAAUGCUUCAAAACAUCAACCGAGGUAAAAGUUCACCAGAGAACACACACAGGAGAGAAGCCUUACUUCUGCUCUGCCUGUGGAAAGAGUUUCUCCCGAUUGGAUACCUUAAAAGUACACGAACGUGUACACACAGGAGAGAAACCAUACUCUUGCUCUGACUGUGGAAAAUGCUUCACCACAACAUCUGAUCUAACAGUUCAUCAGAGAACACACACAGGAGAGAAGCCUUACUUCUGCUCUGACUGUGGUAAAUGCUUCAAAACAUCAACUGAGGUAAAAGUUCAUCAGAGAACACACACAGGAGAGAAGCCUUACUUCUGCUAUGCCUGUGGAAAGAGUUUCUCCCGAAUGGAUACCUUAAAAGUACAUGAACGUGUGCAUACAGGAGAGAAGCCAUACUCUUGCUCUGACUGUGGAAGAUGCUUCGCCACAACGUCUGAUGUAACAGUUCAUCAGAGAACACACACAGGAGAGAAGCCUUACUUCUGCUCUGACUGUGGUAAAUGCUUCAAAACAUCAACUGAGGUAAAAGUUCAUCAGAGAACACACACAGGCGUGAAGCCUUACUUCUGCUCUGACUGUGGAAAGAGAUUCACAACAUCACAAGCUUUGACAAUUCAUCAGAGAGUGCACACUGGAGAGAAGCCUUACUCCUGCUCUGACUGUGGGAAAAGUUUUUCCCGAUUGGAUAAGUUAAAAAGUCACCAACUAAUACAUAGAGAGAAGCCAUUCUCCUGCUCUGACUGUGGCAAAUGUUUUAAAACAUCAACUGAGGUAAAAGUUCAUCAGAGGACACACACAGGAGUGAAACCUUACUUCUGCUCUGACUGUGGGAAGAGAUUCACAACGUCACAAGCUCUGACAAUUCAUCAGAGAGUGCACACUGGAGAGAAGCCUUACUCCUGCUCUGACUGCGGGAAAAGUUUCUCCAGAUUGGAUAAGUUAAAAAGUCACCAACUAAUACACAUAGCGAAGCCAUUCUCCUGCUCUGACUGUGGUAAGUGCUUCAAAACAUCAACUGAGGUAACAGUUCAUCAGAGAACACACACAGAAGAGAAGCCUUACUUCUGCUCUGACAAUGGAACGAGUUUCUCCCAAUUGGAAAAGUUAAAAUGUCACCAGCGAAUACAAAUAGACAAAGUCUCACUUCUGCUCUGACUGUGGGAAGUCUGGUUGUUGACUGUGUGGUACUCUGUGGGAAUAAGUUAGUAGAUAUAACAUGUGUCAGAUAGAGAUGGUGUGAUGAUCAGUUUUCUGUGGGAAUGAGUUAGUAGACACAACAUGUAUCAGAUAGAGAUGGUGUGAUGAUCAGUUUUCUGUGGGAAUGAGCUAGUAGACAACAUGUAUCAG